AUAACAUGGAUAGCAUAUCUGUUGGAGUUGCUCUAAUACGUGAAAAGUUUUUGGGCGGAAAACUAGACCUAUUUCUAAAGCCUUGACUCCUUGAGGAUCCAUUUGUAAAAAUAGUAUUUCUCAGUUUCCUACCUGUAAAAAUUAUCAGUACAUGAGGGCCUGACCGCCCGAGGGCUGUCACUGUGGGAAGCGCACGCACGCGCAGACCAUUCCACGGCGGCGUGUGCGCGUACGGAGAGGGUCGCAGCCUGCACAUAACCUGUUCGAUGGAAUGCCGCAGCAUUUCGGAGACCCUGCUACGCGCCAAUGCCGCGCUCUGCGUGCUCGCGCCGGCCGUCUGCGGGCUGCGCGGUGCCCACCGCCGCAGCAUUCACUUCGCGCCAGGCCCGUCCGCGCCCGACGAGGACGAUGUGCGAGACCGCGCCCCGCCUCCGCGGCGCUGGUACCGGGCAGCAUACGCCCGGCUCCUCCGGCAUGCGGGGACACUGGCGGGGGUGGACCACGCGGGCGGCCUUCCGCGGCACAGGGCGACGGGAUCCCUCGUCUCAUGCCCGCACGCCGCCGCUCGGGCCGCGCACUUUGACGUGCUCGCGGGUGAGUUCGUCGUCGCCGCCGCCGCCGCGAGCCGUGGCCACCCGCCGCCGAAGAUGGAGGCGACGUCGCUGAGCUCGUUGACGCAGGUCUGCGACGUGCUCGGCGUAACGGCGCAGCGGAGAAAGAGCGUGCGGCUCACCGUCUGCCCGCAGGUGACUCAGCACCACAUCUGGCGGGGCGCGCUCGAGGCGGUGCUCGGGGAUCUCCAGGCCGAUAUGGCGUCGCUGGACAGCCCGUCCCCAGCGACCCAGAUGGCCGAGCAGAUCGCGUCCGCCUGCACCCGCUUCCUGUCCGAGACGGCGACGUCCUCGUCGCCGUCCUGGAUGCGCCCGACGCCGUUUAAGAAACCAGCAGAACCGCCGCCUCCGGCCAAGAAGUGGCAAGAAGUGCUGGACAUGUUUACUGACCUCGCCAGGAGCCUGGAGACCGAGGAUCGACUCACCGGGCACGCGCAGAAGGUGGAGGCCAUGAAGGAGGGGCUGUUCCAGAUACGCGACGUCGUCAUUGAGCGGGACAUCGCCUUCAAGGAGGCGCGCCGGCAGGACUGCCUAGUGCAGAGGAAGCUGUCCAAGAGCCUGGGGCACUCCUCCAAGUGCCUGUACACGCUGCUCCUCUUCUACCUCUAUGGCACCGUCCGGGACAUGGAGGUGCACGCCGGCAAGUGCAUUUCUGGCAAGGGAGGCAGGAAUGUCGUCGUUCACGCCGCGCAAUUUCUGACCGAUGGCGAUGAAUCAACUAUCAGGAGCGGCAUCAAGCAGCUGAGCCGCGCUCUCGGCAUCUUCCGGUUUGUUUGGGAGGCCGCAAAUACUGACUGUGAUGCUGCCAAUCAGAAUGGCAAAGAUGUGGUGGUCAAGAAAAAGAAUGAAGAUGCAAAGGGUGUGUUGGAGCUGCAAGGUCAUCUGUGGAGCUUCGGUGUUGAGGAGAAGACUCUGACGUACAGAGGAGAUGUGUUCCAAGUGCAUCAGAUUCAGUUACCAUGAAAUCUCCUUUUUCUAAACACAUCUUGUGCAAAAUUUAGCCAUAUGGACAAAAAAAAAGGUGCGAUCUGAAAUGCUACUCUUUUUCACUAGCUCUUCUCUGAAUUUGUACAAAGGCGAUGCAACUGCAUCUUGGGUGGAAGAUACAUACAGAAAGGGCGAAAAAAAAAAAA